AUGCUUCCACCACCGCUCCUGCGCCUUCAAUGUGGUGUCAACUCCUACGAGUGGGGUAAGAUUGGCAGCGACUCUGCCGCUGCCCGUUACGCGGCUGCGACACCCUCCUCCAAUUUCAGCAUCCAGUCCGAGCAGCCCUACGCAGAGCUGUGGAUGGGCACGCAUCCAAAGAACCCCUCCAGAGAUCUCGGAACCGGUCGCACCCUCCUCGAGCUCUUCAGCGAGAACAAAGCACUCCUCUCUUCUGAAAUCGUCUCGAAAUAUGGCGACAACCUGCCCUUUCUGUUCAAAGUGCUCUCCAUCAACAAAGCGCUGUCGAUUCAAGCCCAUCCAAACAAAACCCUGGCAGAGCAGCUUCAUGCCCGAGAUCCAAAAAACUACCCCGACGAUAAUCACAAGCCCGAGAUGGCUAUUGCCAUCACGCCGUUUGAGGGUUUCUGCGGUUUCCGUCCCCUGACUGAAAUAGCCCAUUUCCUCCAGUCUGUACCUCCGUUGAGGACACUGGUGGGAGAAGAUGCUGCCUCACGGUUCAUAAAAAUUGCCAAGGAUGAGCAUGCAGACACCGCUGCACAGAAGGAUGCUUUAAAACAGGCAUUUGCUGGUCUCAUGUCUUCAUCGGCGGAGAGCAUUGGCCGCGAGAUCGCUAACCUUGUUGAACUGGCCAAGUCCAAGGGUGGCGAGUUCGCUGAUGGAGGUGUUCCGUCUACAUCGGGCGAGAUCCUCUCUGAAUUAGUAACUCGGCUCAACAGCCAGUUCGGGUCUGACAUUGGCCUAUUUGUGGCCUUCUUCCUCAACUAUGUUACUCUGCAGCCUGGCGAAGCCUUGUUUCUUGUCGCAGAUGAUAUCCACGCAUACAUAUCUGGGGACAUCAUUGAGUGCAUGGCCGCUUCGGACAAUGUCGUCCGCGCAGGGCUGACUCCCAAGUUUAAGGACACAGAUACCUUGGUAUCCAUGUUGACUUACAACUUCGCCCCUAUCGAGGAGCAAAAGAUGAAACCUACAGAGUACCCUUACGCUACCCUGAAUCGCAAAGGCUAUAGUUCAGCCUCAUCCGUGGACCUGUACGACCCUCCUAUUGAGGAAUUCAGUGUUGUUCGUGCCGCACUCUAUGGUGACGGAAGCAAAGCAACUUUUGAACCUCUGGCAGGCCCAAGCAUAAUUAUCUGCACCGGCGGCAAGGGAAAGAUUUCCGUCGGUCCUAAGACGGAGGAAAUCAAGGAGGGAUACGUUUACUUUGUCGGUGCUACUGCGGAAUGCGUUCUGGAAUCCCAAGGUGAGGAUGGCGAUGAGUUCGUCACCUUCAAGGCAUUCUGCGAGAUCGCCGAGGGCGACAAGGAAAAGCUAUGA